UUGGGAGAGCACCUGGACAUUAGGGUCCUUGUCUGGGGGCCCCGUGACAGUGGGGUGACACCGGGGUCCCUGUUUGGGGGUGCUGUGGUAUUGAGAUCCGUCUGGAGUGCUGUGACACCGGGGUGACACAGGUCCUGACUGGGGUGCUGUGACAUUGAGGUGACAUUGGAGUCCCUGUUCGGGGUGCUGUGACCCCGGGGUGCCCCGUGGGUGCUGAGGGCUGUCCCGUGUCCCCCCCAGUUUGCCCUGUUCCAGCGGAUGACGCAGGCCGCCAUCCUGAUCCAGAGCAAGUUCCGGAGCUACGCGGAGCAGAAGCGGUUCCAGCGGCGCCGGCGCGCGGCCGUGCUCAUCCAGCAGCGCUUCCGCAGCCUCCGGCAGCACCGGAACACCUUCCUCACCCUCAAGCAGGACCAGGCGGCCCGGAAGAUCAUGAGGUUCCUGCGGCGCUGCCGCCACCGGAUGGAGGAGCUGAAGCAGAACAAGGAGGUGGACAGUUUACAGACGCGGGGCCUGGCCUCGUGACCCCCCCACGGGGGACCCAGGCAUGGGGGGGCUCCACCCCCCCCACCACAGGGGACCCAGGCAACAGGGGGGCUCCCCUCCCUGGCCCCCCCCAGGCUUUGCCGUGUGUCCGGGUCUCCCAGGGGGCCCGUGGGGAGGGGAAG